AUGUUUUGUGGCCCAAACUGUCCCGUGACUGACAUUCGUGUAUAUCCGGGACUAAUAAACCAAAGCAUUGCAACCCAUCCCUACUAUACGGGCGGUCAGUAUUUCAUUCGCCCCGAAUGGAAGCAAAACCGAAAGAGUUCCUGGGAUUUGGCGCUAAUCAGACUCAACACUGCUCUCCCAUUGGACGGCACUUCGGGUAAGACUGGGAUUAACGCCAUUUGUUUACCACAAAAGAUGGCACUCAAUGACAAUGAAGAGUACGCUCUGUUGAAUGGGUUCGGGAACGACAACAAUAACGGCACUGGAUUUGGUAUUCAACGCAUGGGUUGGACUAAAAUCAUGAAAGCUACCUACACCGACAUAUAUAUCUCGGUGCUAGAUGAUUACGCCCUCUACGCAAAACGCAUACCAUCCCUGUCUGGAUCAGCCCCGUGUAGUGGUGAUUCUGGCUCACCAUAUGUGCAGUACGUGAAUGGUUUGGCAGUUGUUAUUGGUAUACAAUCGGGUAUUUUUCGUGUUUUGGGCGAGGACUGUCCUGAUGUGGAUUCGCCACUUUAUGCCGCACGCGUCUCGUAUCACAUUCAAUGGAUUAUUAAAACAAUUAAUGAUAAUAAUUAA